UCUCCGGUCACACUUCUGUUUUGUGAUCGCGAAAAGAGCGACGUGAAAAUAUACGUUUAAUUAAGUUUAAUGCGACAAAUAAAAUAAAUAACUAAAUUAAAACAAAUCGGAGCUUUUGCGUGAACUGUGCGUGUAGUUGUGAGUGUGUGAGAAAAGCAAAACGAAAACAAAGCCAACUAAAUAUUCGAAGGUGCAAAAGUGAAAAUUCAGAUUGAAAAGCACCGAAAUAUCGAAAUCACAAUAUUGAAUGUCAAAGAACCAACAGCAAAAAGAGCGGGGAACAAAGGAAUAUUGGAAAACUCCAAGAAUUUAACUUAUUUGGUCUCCAGCUGUGACAAAUGAUGGCCUAAAAUGGCGGCUACACCACCAAUGCCGCCCGGAUCAAACACCCACCAAUUGAAUGGCAAAACAGUCGGCAAGGGCAACCCCCUAACUGAGGCGAUCAAUCAGCACUUUCAGCGGAAGAACCAGAACCAGAACCAAAACCAGAACCAGAACCAGAGUCCCAAUCCCAGUCAUCACCCGAAUCACAAUAGUCCCGCUAGCCGCAGCGGGAGCUAUGAGCAGCUGGAGCUGCUGGAUCACGCAACGCAUCCGCAGCAGGAACAGGAAGCCACCAGUGGCAAGGCCAAGCCGAGCUGUCAUUGCACCAACAUUAGUAUUAUGCACCUGUUUCAUGAGAUGAAGCAGGAGUUCCCCACGAUACCGGAUGCCAUAGUGACGCAAUGCGUCAAUGAGAAUUGCCAUCAGCGCGAAAACUGUAUCCAGAUGUUGAGGAAGGAGCUCGCGCUCCAUCCCAUCCCAGUUCAAAGUUAUCCGGCAAAGGUGUUGCAGCAACAGCAGCAGCAACACCACCAGAACAGGCAGGCCAAGCCUCCCACGCCGCUCAAGCCGUCACGGGCAGCACCACCACAUCCGGAAGCAGGGCUGAGCAAUGGAGUGGCCACGUCGCCAGGUGUUGUUAACUCACAUCCUGAUACGCAGCCCAGGCCACGACCUACGACGCUUAAUCUGCAACGUCAGUUUAGCACGCAGCUGCAGCAAAAGAUUCUGCAGCGUCAGCAGCGUCAGCAGAGGGAUUACCAGGCGGCCCAGCUGACGCCCACUUCCUUGAGCAAGCCGCUGCGCCGGGCACCGCCACUUCCGCCGCCACCCAAGCCGAAGCCCGGCAGCUUCUCCAACGAUUCCUCAUGUCUUACCAGUCCCAUGAGCUCCAGCGAAUCGGAGCUCUCGCUCAAUGCGGCCCCCUUAUCGUCACCAACGUCGUUGACGGCGACUACUGGUGCUGCGGCGUCAGCAGCAAUCGCAUCAACGCAACAACAACCCUCGCCGGUGCGACAUCGCUCAGUCAUUACGCUACAGCCAGAGCCGCCGUACGCGCGCGAUUUUCGCAGCAUUGACUUUCCGGCGACGACUACGUGUACGCCGCCGCUUCCCUCGCCCAGCUCGGCAGCGUCACCAAGUGCCCCUGGCGGACGCAAGAGCUUCACCUCGCUCAAUCUCACCCUGCGCCAACCGACGGGCUCGGCGCAAUCGGCCAUUGACAUCACCGCCGGUCCGGCGCCCAGUGGGCAGGGCAGUGGGAUCACCUACUCCAGCGUUAGUUUUGACGCGCGCCGUGGAACGCAGAAGAAUUUCCAGCUGACUGUGACGGACGAGGGCAGUGUCUUCAGUGCGGGCAGCGUUCGACCAAGACCUUUAUACGCCGCACCCUGUGAACCGGUGGCCAGUGUUCCGGCGAAUCAACAGCCGCCUCCGCCAGCAGCAGUGGUGGCAGAUGGUCUGGGGGACGCCGAUAUGACGUCGGACGUGUUCCCAUAUCCAACGCAGGAGCAGAACCACAUUGUGGCAUCCAACUAUAGUAACAACCAUGCAGCCAGCGACAAUAACAACAUUGGGAUCAGCAACAGCACGGACAGUAGUCCCACCAUGCCCCUCUACGAAGGAGUCAUGGAGGAAUGCGAUCGCGAAGCUCAUGCCGCCACUAUUGAGCGGCAGAAGCAGCGGCGCGACAAGCUGGCCAAUGCGCUGAGGGACAACAAGAAGCGGCUGCUCGUCCUGGAGCAGGAGAUUAACAUCCUGACUGAGCCGGUGCCGGUGGGCGAAACUGAAAGACUGGAUAGAGAUAUCAAGCAACUGACUGAGGACUGCAAGCGGAUGCUUGACUGCUUAAAUGAACCACAGGCGAAUGGCCCUGGUCCGGCGACCAGUCCAGCGAACCGCCAGCACCUGUUACCCGCCAGCAAUGCUCCCCAGCAGCAGGCGCAGCAUCAGCCACAGCCAUUCCCGCGUCAGCGUCAAGGUGCUCGCGUCCAGGCGCCGCCCAGUUCACUGCGUCUGCACUCGGUGCCGGCAGCACCCAUAUCCCAGCCGGUGCAGGACUUCGGGCAGCACCACAGCAGUGCUCCCACCUCCGCCUGCCUGACGCCCCAGAUGCAGAGUCAACAGCAAAUGUUCCAGCUGCAGCAGGAGCCGCCACCGACGUACGCCCAGUACUAUCAGUUCCAGCAAUACCUGCAGCAGCAGCGACAGCAGCAGUUACAACAGCAGAUGCAGCAGCAACAGCAGCAGCAGUUGCAACAGCAGCAGUUACAACAGCAGAUGCAACAGCAGCUGCAGCCACAACAGGAGGAAGAAUACCUGUCCGACUCCGACGUGGAUGAGGAGGAGGAGAGGCUCGACUCUUGGGCCUGCAACAUGUGUACAUUCCGCAACCAUCCGCAACUAAAUAUUUGUGAGGCCUGUGAGAACGUUAGGAUCCAGCCGGGUAUGAUACGCAUUGUUCCCAGCGGAGGCGGGGCCGCUGCUGCUGCCACGCCCCCCAGCACCAUUGAGCAGCAACAGCAGCCGCCCCAGCAGCCGUACGCUCUGCAUACAUAACCCAAAAGCUGCAGCAAACGAUUACAAAGUUCUCUUAACGUGCAUGAGCUAGCUUCUGACUGUUCCUGCAUGCUCGACUUUGAAACUGUGAUAGCAUUUAAACUAGUAGGCGGCAGGUUCAUUAUCCACUGCAUGGCUCAACCUGAAAGACAUGUGCGAAACGAAAAGAAAACAGCGAACGGAAACGAAUUGCUUAAGCGCGGCCUCUUUAAAUUAUUUUUAUUUGAUUUAUGUAUGUAUAAUUUAAUAAUUAAUAAUUGCAAUCGCCUCAGCCUCAGGCCGUUUAAUUUAACAGUAACCUCUUACCGUUAAAAACUAGCUUUAAGCCAACGAAAAAACAGAGUUUAUUAUUUUUAGCCACCUCAAAAAUAAAUAAAGAACGUUAUUUAAAUAUUUA